GAAAUCCGGCAGACACGUGCGUUUACGGCGUUUUCUGCGUCGUUAAAAAUUGUGAAACCGCGCAGACAAAAAUGAAGGCAAAGGUGACGAAACCACAAAAACCGGCCGGUAAAUCGGCCCUGCUGGGCCUGAAGAAGGGAAAGGCCGACAUCGUCAAGGCUAAGGAGCCGAAAAAGGGCAAUCUGGUGCUGAAGGCCCCGGAGGAGGUGAAGGCGGUGAUCAAGAAAGUGGCCAAAAAGGGUUCCGCAGCAACAGCAUCAGAUACUGCCGCCACCGUGCCUCUUACAUUCGCCGAAAAGAAGGCUCUGUCCGUGAAGCGCAAGGCGAAACCCGCGGUGAAGAAGCCCCAGCCGGACACCGCCAAGUCUGUUGAAGAAAGUGUCCUCAAACCGGCCGGCAAGAAGACGAAGAAGAACAAGAAGGGUAAGAAGGGUAACAAAUCGCAGGCCAACCAGGAGGCGCUACCUCCGCUGAAGGGCCAAGAGCAGCAGGGCAAGCAAUCGACAGGAAAAGCAAAGCGCAAGAAGAAGGGCAGCUCUGCUGCGGCGAAGAAGAAGGCUGCUCAGAAGCGCAUCAUUCCGUUGGUACCGCAGCGCAACAUUGGCGAAGGAGAGGUCCCCACGGAAGCGAGCCCGGAAACGCUAGCGCUCGUACCAAAGGAGCUUGUUUCACGGAAAACCUUCCGUCUGGUGUUGGAGGAGCUGCACAAGCGUAUUGCGAAGGAUGAGAAAGCGAAACUGUUCGGAGAUGAUCUACGCUUUGCGCUCCAGAUUGCAGCGGUCAAGAUUCCCGACUGUCCCACUCGUAACUGUCGUGUCGCACUGCCCCAUCCGAUUCUACGCAAAGAGGACGACGUUUGCCUGAUUGUGAAGGAUUUGGAGCGUGGCCGGAAGUACGACUAUGAAAACACGCUCUGCCACUGGCAGGACAAGUUGCGCGAAGCGGGCGUAACGAGUGUCACACAGAUUAUCCCGUUCCAGCAGCUUAAGCAGGACUACAAACAAUAUGAGAUGCGCCGUAAGCUGGUUCACCGGUUCGAGCGAUUCCUCGUCGAUGCUCGUAUCGCCGGCCACGUGUUCAGUGCGCUGGGAGCGCACUUUACGCGUCGUAAGAAGAAUCCUGCCUCCGUAGUGCUGGAAGGUGAUGAAAAGCUGGCGGAGAACAUCGAAAAAGCGCUACAGAAAGUUACGUACGGUCGCACCAAUACCGGGUUAACGACGGAGAUCAAGUUUGCGGCUACUUGGAUGCCAGUAGAGAAGGCAGUGGAGAAUGGUAUGGCACUGCUCGCGGCGCUCAAGACCGAAUUGCCGGGUGGUUGGUUGAAUGUGGCAUCGAUUCAUAUGACCACAGCUUCGACCAGCAAACAGUCGUUGCCGCUGUACGUGAGCACGAUCAAUCCGAAUCUGGUGCCGGUACCGAAGAUCGAAGGACCGCGUGCAAAGUUCAUCGCGAAGCAGAAUGCUAAGCUGGCCGAGGCUACCGAUGGCCAAAUGAUGAUCGUCGAUGGUGUGGUGCGGACGGUGCAGGGUGUGGCGGCUCGACUGGAAAAGCUGAAGAAGAAAGAGAAACAGGAAGUGUCCGUGGAUGACGCUGACUCGCUCGCUAAUGAUUCGGAGCUGGAUGAUGACGAUUUUGAGGUGCGGAAGCUACGGCGUAAGGUUAACAACAACGAAGACGAUGAUGAUGAUGAAAUGAAUUGAAUUGAUCGUUCAUUUAUGUUCAAAUAAAGAAUUAUAUUCCGUA